AGCGGAUAUUCACCAGCGGAUGCUCUGAAUGGACAGGGCCCUCCCAGCCUUCGAACCCGGCCGGGGACGAGGACGAGGCCGCGGCCGUGCCCGAGGUUCCAGGCCUGGCUCAGGACGGAAUACUCCUAGUGACGAAACCAUCAUCGAAGAUCUUAACUCCAACUUGGAAGAUGCCAGCCCGAACCCCAACAACCAGAACCGCGCCGGCCGCUUCGAUGAACCCGACAUCGCACACUUCCGCGACCUCCAACGACGGCGAGAACUCGAGCGUGCGGAUGCGAUCCGGAAAGGGUUACUACAGGAUCCGGAGAACCCUAGGCCAUUGGAUGAGGCGAUCAAGUUCGUGGGGACGUGUGUGGAGAUGUGUCCUGAAUUCGAGCGAGUCCAGCGUGAGAGGCAAAAUAACGUUGAUCGGUUGGAGUGUGAUCCGGAGACUGGUCGGGUUAGUAGAGAGCGCGCGGUCAAGAUCUUUCAUCGGCCGGCGGCGGGGGAUCCGCCGCCGUUGCCGAGUGAUGUUAGGCCGCCGCUUGUGUUGAAGAAAACGUUGGAUUAUCUUGUUGAUAAGAUUCUGUGUGGGCCGCAUGAGUAUGCUUCUGUUCACUCGUUCGUUCGUGGUCGAACGCGAGGUAUCAGACAGGACUUUACCGUGCAGGGAGUUUCGGAUCCUAUUGCGAUUGAAUGCCAUGAGCGCAUCGCAAGAUUUCAUAUCCUGAGUUCGCACUUCAUGUGUGAAGUCCCCGAGUUCCAAGCUCAGCAAGAAGCGGAGCAAUUGUGGAAAGUCCUCCAGACCCUCUCCCAGUUCUACGACGACGCACACGAACGUGGCGAAAUAUGCCCCAAUGAAGCUGAAUUCAAAUCAUACAUGAUCCUUUACCAUAUCCGCAACGCCGAACUCCCGCACGAAGCCCAAGACUACCCACCCGAACUCUUCAAUAACCCGCAGAUUCAACUAGCCCUCAAGUUGGCCUCAAUGGCACAACGCAGCAAUAACGUUGCGAACAGGUUUACUUUCCCGAACGCGGAGGCUAGUUUGCAUCAGUUCACACGGUUUUUCAAGCUUGUGAGGAGUGAGCGGGUAGGGUAUCUAACUGUAUGUCUCCUCGAACAACAUUUCUCCUCCAUCCGCAAAGGCGCACUCAAGGCCCUCCGCGGCUCCCUCGCCGGCAAACCGCCCAUCGCAAUCGACACACUCGUCGCCAUGCUCGGGUACGAAUCCCCAGAAGAGGCAGCGGCGGAUUGCGAACAUUGGGGUGUGGAAGUCGUGCGGGACGAGAAUACGGGAGAGGUGGUCGCGGCAAAGUUGUCAAAGGGAGGGGGGUGGAGUGAGGAUGGGAGGAGUGAUCCGAGGCAGGCGUUUAAUCGGGGAGUUGUGGAGGCGAAAAGAGGUGGGUUAGGCAUUGCAGAUGUCAUCAAUCUGCCCUGGGGUGGGGCGAGAACAGGCAGUGGGAAUGGAGCGGCGGGGUUCGGGGCGAGG